AUGGGAAACAACAGCAGCAGCAGCACCCUGGAUGACCUGCAAACAGUGGAGAUCCACCAUUGGUACAAGAAAUUCAUGACCGAGUGUCCAUCCGGGCAACUGACAGAACACGAGUUCAAACAAUUUUUUGGACUCCGCGGGUUGGAUCCAGAAGCCAAUCAGUACAUCCAGCAGAUGUUCCACACUUUUGACAUGAACAAGGACGGCUACAUCGACUUCAUGGAGUACGUGGCCGCGCUCAGCCUGGUCCUGCGGGGAAAGAUGGAGCAGAAGUUGCGCUGGUACUUCAAGCUUUACGAUGUGGACGGGAACGGCUGCAUUGACCGUCACGAGCUGCUCAGUAUCAUUCAGGCGAUCCGUGCCAUCAACGGCUGCGACCACGAGACAAGCGCGGAGGAAUUCACCAACCGUGUCUUCAACAGGAUUGAUGUCAACGGCGAUGGUGAGCUUUCGCUGGAGGAGUUUGUGGAAGGUGCGAGGAAAGACGACGAGUUCAUGGAGGUGAUGAUGAAGAGCCUGGACCUGGAGCACAUCGUGGCCAUGAUCAAAGACCGCCGGCGCAACAGCGUCUAGACUCUGGGGGUGGAAGCAGCCGGGAACGCCACGCGGAGGGAUCCGGGAGGGUGGCCGAGUGGCCCUGCGGGUCACGGAGACAUGGAACAUUUGUGGGGAAAUCCCGUCCGUAAUGCCUGCGUGGUCCACAGCCUGAUUUCCGCAGCGCCCCUGUGCUCCGAGGCUGAAUGCCGCACCCAGCGACCUGGCCUGGCCUGGCCCGCCGGAGGUUAAGCUGACCCACUUCAUAGCUGUGGGUUGGGCGAAAGCGGGCUGCUGGGACCCCCCAGUUCUAUGGACUCUGCCCUCUCGGGAUGCAGUAGGAUCUCCUAGGAACGGAAGGGUAGCUUUAGAUUUCUUCAGGAAGAAGUAGGCAGCUCCGGGGGAUUUGCGCCAAUGUUUCCUCUGUCCCCAGAUCAGCUGAAGACUCUGCAUAAUUGCUGGAGCAGGAUAAGGUGUGACUCUGUCUACACAGUGCAUAGAGACCCCUCUGCACAGUGCCACACGCGUGAAACAGACACCCGCCUGCGUGCCUGCUUACCUGGCUUGAAUGCUAGUUGUUAAAGGGCAUUUUGGGGUUGCUUGUGGGCCCUGUCCUAGGACAAUGAGAGACUCUGAGGCAAGGUGAGGUGGAUGAAUUUGGGGUGCCGUUAAAGACGCUGAACAGAAGACAGGCAGAUAUGAACCUCA